CUCCCUCUCUCUCUCUCCUCUGCUUCUGUCUUUCUUUCCCAUUCUUUGUUCCCAAGUCUUUGUUAGCCAUGCCUAGCCUGGUGGUAUCAGGGAUGAUGGAGACUCGGAAUGGGGGCAUGACAGAUCUGACCAAGGACAGAGUGCUGGAAGAUGACCGGGCUCUGCAGAUUGCUCUGGACCAACUCUGCCUACUGGGUUUGGGGGAGCCGGAGGAGGACAGCAACAAUAACAACAACAGCAGCAACAGUAACCCCCCAAAAGGGGAGAGCAAGUUGUGCGCCCUGUACAAAGAGGCAGAGCUAAGACUCAAGAGUUCCAAUACCACAGAGUGUGUCCCUGUGCCCAGCUCGGAACACGUGGCUGAGAUUGUGGGUAGGCAAGGUUGUAAAAUUAAAGCUUUAAGAGCCAAGACCAACACAUACAUCAAAACUCCAGUACGAGGGGAAGAGCCAGUAUUCAUGGUGACAGGACGCAGAGAAGAUGUGGCUAUGGCAAGACGUGAGAUCAUUUCUGCUGCUGAACACUUCUCCAUGAUUCGAGCUUCUCGAAAUAAGGCGGGCACAGCAUUUGGAAGUGCUCCAACACUUCCUGGCCAAGUGACUAUCCGAGUAAGGGUACCCUACAGGGUAGUAGGUUUGGUGGUUGGACCCAAAGGAGCUACCAUCAAAAGGAUUCAACAGCAAACAAAUACUUACAUCAUCACUCCAAGUCGUGACAGAGACCCUGUUUUUGAGAUCACUGGAGCCCCUGGGAAUGUGGAGCGUGCACGUGAAGAAAUAGAAACACACAUUGCUGUACGCACUGGCAAAAUCCUGGAGUACAAUAAUGAGAAUGACUUUUUGUCCAGCAGCCCAGACUCCACCAUGGAGAACCGGUAUCCUGAGAACUGGAGGGUGCAUAGCACAGCUUCUGGAUGUAAGCCCCUCUCCACCUUCCGGCAAAAUAGCUUGGGUUGCAUUGGAGACUGCCCACCUGAGCCUGUAUAUGAGACUCCUCGACUGAAUGAACAAAAUGAAUUCAACUAUGGUUACUUGUUUCCAAACUACAAGCAAGAAGUGUAUUAUGGGGUAGCAGAAUCUGGAGGUCCCAUGUGGGGGGGUCAGGAGAAUAACAGCCCUGCACCUGGAAUCUUCACAAAGCAACAACGUUCAGGGAGCACUGGCACUGUCCAAACUAACUCCUCACAGCGUUCUCCUGAGUCCACUCUCACUUCUUUGCCCAGGAGGAACCAGGGCGAGACACUGCCUAGCUUCACCAAGCUUAGUGCCACUCGGACAUCAAUUUCAGGAAGCCGGGAGUGCAUGGUGUGUUUUGAGAGCGAGGUUACUGCUGCACUGGUGCCCUGCGGGCACAAUCUUUUUUGCAUGGAGUGUGCCGUGCGCAUCUGUGAGAGAAAUGAACCUGAGUGCCCUGUAUGCCAUGCUUCUGCUACUCAGGCAAUCAGAAUAUUUUCUUAAAAGGGACUUUUGGGACAAGGGAGGGAUUGGGAGGGU